AUGAUACUGACUGGUCUUUCAUUUUGGACACGAUUACGCUUGAUUGAUCGAUCUAAUAUUGUGAUUUGGGAUGAAGCACAUUUUGGAAAGUUUGGAUCUCAUUAUAUUGAACAUGAAUACUAUACGGAUGUACAUCCACCAUUGGGCAAAUUACUAGUGGCAUUCUCAGGUUGGUUGGCGAAUUUUGAUGGAGCCUUCAAAUUUGAAUCUGGUGCGGAAUAUCCAGAGGGAAUGGACUACCGUACUAUGCGUAUCUUUAGUGCAUCUUGGGGUGCCAUGAUGGUUCCUCUUGCUUACUUAACGGCACGAAAAGCUGAUUAUUCUAUUCUCGCUAGUAUACUUGGUGCAACGAUGGUAUUAUGUGAUACAGCUUAUCUCACCAUCAGUCGGUUUGUCUUAUUGGAUUCCAUGCUACUCUUCUUUACUUGUUUGACAUGUUAUUCUCUUUUCGGAUUUCAUCAUCAACAAGAUCAUUCAUUCUCUCUUGCUUGGUGGUCUUGGUUAUCCUUAAUAGGUGUCUCCUUAGGGUGUGUUUUAAGUGUCAAAUGGGUAGGAUUGUUUGCCGUUGGACUAGUUGGUAUUUACACUUUACAAGAUUUAUGGGAUAAGUUGGCAGAUAUGGAAAUGUCUAGGAAAACUUAUGUGUCUCAUUGGUCUGCAAGAGCAUUAUGCCUUAUUAUUCUUCCUAUCAUUAUCUAUUUGGUAUGUUUCAAAAUUCAUUUUGAUUUAUUAUAUAAAUCAGGUACAGGUGAUGAUGAUAUGUCUCCUUUAUUUCAAGCUCAUCUUGAAGGGAAUGCAUUUGGUGAAAGUGCUUUAGAACUCGCAUUUGGAUCCAAUAUCACCAUACGAACAUUAGCACCAGAACAAUCCCUACUUCAUUCACAUCAUCAUACAUAUCCUGAAGGAUCCGAGCAACAUCAAGUAACAGGUUACUAUUUUCAAGAUGAAAACAACCACUGGCUUAUCAGGCUACCACGAAACGAUGAUAUAAAUUAUAAGAAUUUUGAUAUAACCCAUAACAGUAGAGAUUACGAUGACCUAGGUGUUCGGUAUAUCAAUGACGGUGACAUUAUUAGACUCAAUCAUAUGGCUACUUCACGCAAUCUACAUAGUCAUUCGUUUGCAUCACCCAACUCAAACAACAAACAACAUUUUCUGGAAGUCAGCGCAUAUGGGGACGAUGAAAGGGGUGAUGUAAAGGAUAAUUGGAAAAUUGAAGUUGUCAAACACCUGGAUUCUUACUCUGGAUCAAGGAUUCAUACUAUGGCUACUCAUUUUCGAUUACGACAUGUUGAACUGGGUUGUCUCUUGGCUGUUACUCAAAAACGGUUACCUGUUUGGGGCUACUAUCAAAUGGAAAUAGGAUGUGCAAGUAAUGCUGAAGAUAUAAAUGAUCUUCGGACGGUAUGGAUGGCUGAAACCAAUCAACAUGAAAAAUUAUCUAGUCCUCCUCAAAAUACUUACAAGUAUCACUUUUUCCGUGACUUUUGGUAUCUCAACAAAUUGAUGUGGCGAAGCAAUAACGCAUUAAUACCUGAUCCUGAUAAGGAAGAUAUACUAUCUUCUACUCCAACUCAAUGGCCUAUGGUCGGUGUAGGUUUACGUAUGUGUAGAUGGGAUGAUGAUACAAUUAAGUUCUUUUUAUUGGGCAAUCCUAUGGUAUGGUGGACCUCCUUUAUCUCCGUUAUCACAUUUACUAUACUGCAUAUCACAUACAUUGUCCGUGAAAAAAGACAAAUUCAUGACAAAGAACAAGCACGAUGGAAUCAAAGCUUUUCUAUUGGAAAGAGUCUCCUUUUAGGAUGGUUUUUACAUUAUAUUCCAUUUUAUAUUAUGGGCCGUGUAAUGUACCUACAUCAUUACUUUCCCGCACUUUACUUUAGUAUUUUACUUGUUCCCUUUUUACUAGAUCAUUUUACAGCACAAUCAAAUGGAAGACAACGGUUCUUGAUUUUUGGUAUACUGAUGAUAUUGGUGAUUAGCAAUUUUAUUUAUUUUUCCCCCUUUUCUUAUGGAAUGGAUGGUCCUAUUGAUGCUUACAGUGGUCGAUCUUGGAUGAAAUGGUGGAACCUGACAAAAAAAUAUUGAUAUACUUUAUUAGAUAGUUCAGUUAGUUAGUUGUAUGGUUUCAAUAAAUGAUGAUCCAUUUGUACCGCUUGCAAUGACGAAUGAAAUUCGAG